AUAACCCGUAUGUAGAAUGGCGACUAAACCACCAAGAAAGUGAUACGUGCUAUGGGUUGAAUAUUUGUUUAUUUUAUUGCCAAGAUUGUUCUAACUUGAAGGCGAUUCUUCGAAUCUAAAUAGCCUCAUAGAUUCUGGCAUUGAUGGUGAUGCAUGCAAGGAAAAUUGCUCGUCUUACUGAUGGGUAUAACGAAAAAUUGGAAACCCAUCCGCUUCAGGCUGUAGAUAAGCUGUUGUCGAAGAAAAAUGGAAAUGGCCAACAUGGGAACAUCAGUAGAGACCAAGCUAAGGAUGGUGAUCUUUCCUCAAUUUCAGAGAGCCCAAACUGUAGGCCUGGUAGUGAGAGUAACAGCCCUCGUACCUUUAAAAACAAGGCAUCCUUCAUGCAAAAACAAAGGGAACGUCAACGAGGGACCUCAACUGGUUCAUCUCCUGCUGAGAAUUCUCACAAUAAUCAGGCAGCAAGUAAUAGUACUGAGCAUAGCAAGAAUAGUGCUCAUGAGAAGAAAAUUAAAGAGAUACUGGCCAAAGCUCACCAGUGGACUGAACACAUUAGUUCCUCUGGUAAAAAAUACUAUUACAACUGUAAGACAGAAGUAUCCCAGUGGGAGAUACCUAAAGAGUGGCUUGAAAGAGAGAAGCUGCAUAAAAUGGUUUAUGCAUCCAAGGAUAAAAUUAGUGUCAAACAAGCCUCUGGUACAAGUAUUUCUGUUAAUAGUAAUAGCAGUAGUAAAAGUGGUGAAACUAAGCAUUCCACAGAAACAAAUACCCUUGGUGGCUAUAUCAGAGAAAGACCAUCUUUGUCAUCAUCCUCUUCUAACAAAAUCUCUGGAAAAUUACCUGACAAGCAGCCUAGUUCCACAAGUCAACCAAGGAGUGGAUCAACGACCCCCUCAACACCGAACACCCCUAAUCUCAAGACACGAUUUUCGUCCAGCGAACAAAGUAACAACAACCGAGGUGGUGAAAUUGCUCAAAAGGACUCAAUCCGUGGUAUGGAUAUGCUACGAGGGAGUAGUUUAUCAUUGGCUACCGAUGCCCAUGGACGAUUAAAGAAUUUAGUCGCAAAUGCACCUAGAAUAGAAAGAAUUGAAUGUAAACGAGCAAGUUCGGUGUCACCGGGGACCCCCUCACCAGGUUCGUCACAACGCAAUCAUUUACCUAAUCAACAUUCACAACCUAUGGCUGUUGUACAUCAAAAGAUUGCCUCAUCUUCGUGCUCACCCUCGGUAGAUAAACCAAAUAUUGUAGAUAGUAAAAUCGAGGAAGGCCAAGAUAGGUUAUCGAAUCCUUCACCGUUAUCAGCAGCGUCUGUUUCCGACCUAACAUCUCCUGUGUCUCAUAUGUCGCCACGGCAACAGGCAUCAGUAACACCUUUAUCUUCGUCGGCUGUUAAUGCUACGUCACAAGUCUCACCUAAUAGUAAAAGGCCGGACAUGAAAGUGAACUCAAGCCCUUCAUCUAUAAGGAAAUCAAGUCCAACUGUAGAUGAAUCAACUAAAGGCAGUAGUAGUAGUAAUAGUACAAUCCCAGUACUAGAAGAACCUAUAUUGACCAAGGAGCAGCCUCUUCCCACGCUCACCCCUUCCCUAGCUCGACAGUGUGAUGAAUCCCUGGUUGUACAUGUAGCCGGAUGGCCCUCGGAACAUAUGGAAAGACAGGCUCGUAAAAUUAAUGAUGAGAGUCACCUAUUAGCAGCAGAAUCAGCGUCUCAAGUAUCUGUAGAUUUAAAGUAUGCACGUUCAUUAGUCCGGGCAUCAGAGAUUCAAGUUACAUUACAAGAACAGAGAUUACAUUUUCUACAACAACAAGUGAAAGAAUUAGAGCGUCUUAAAAGUGAAAAUGCCUUCAUGUCAUAGCAGAUGGCAGUUUGAUGCAGUGGCACCACUUACGGGAUUUUGGCUGGACAACUCGCUGUUGUUCGGAAUUCUUGCUUGGUGUAGCCUUACAUUCAGUUGUAUGGAAUGCUAUUACACAUGGUCUGCAGGUGGCUUUGAAGGAGAUAUAAGCCACUAUGGAUGUGGUCAUUGUUUUUGGCACUGUCAGUCAUUACAACGUGGCGGAUGAUGAACCUUGUGGGGGUUUUUUUCAGGAACGGUUGUAAAGGUUCAACUUUUAGUGGAAUAUUAAUGACUUAGCUGCUGCUGUUGAGGAGGAAGAAUUUUCAUAUGAGGAGAUACAUAACAAACACACUGAGGAUUUAGGUAUGCGUUAAUGUACUGUAUGCUCAUCGGAAUAUUAUUACUUAAAUGCAUCAAUUUGAAGAGUUACCAACGUGUAUUUUUCACAACUCAGUUCUUAUACCCUCUCAAAUUUGAAGCUAAAACAUGAGGAACUAGAUAGAUGCUUAAGAAUAUUUUUCAAUAUCAUUAAUUUUUCUUCAUUUUCAAUAUUUCUUAUCGAUUUGAAUAUUAUGUCCAUUGGAUAGUUCAAAUACCGUAUAUAUAUUGGCUUACGGUAGUUCAUAAAACCAACUUUUAUAAUCUAAUGGUGCAUACUCUAGCAACCAAUAUGUGUUUUCUUUAUGAUAUUCGAUUAUCCACCACUGAACGUUUUUAAAAAAUAUUAAGGUACAGUAAUUGAGUAAUGAAAUUACAGUAAUUAGCAUAUUCUGGUAGUUGUUGGUCUAAGUAAAUGGAGAUGGAUAAAUUUGGUAAUGAUUGUACUGCUAAAUUGUGAACCUAAUUUAUUCCUCAAAAUGCUAGAACAAACAUAAAAAUAAGAAAUAUAUUUAUGGAUAUCUUGUAGGCAUGCAUAUUUGUUAAUGGUACCAUAGGGUAAAUAUAACUGCACUGCUGAACCAAGUUAUCAUUUUUUUGUGUUCCAUUAAUUUAGAUAAGAACAAAUAUGUAAUCUUGCAAGAAUUCUCCUCAGCAAAUUCAUUUAUUUGGAACACAAACAACCGACCUGUCACUUUUCAGAGAAAAUUAAAUAUGUAAUAAGAAAGAAUGUUUCCACCAAAGUUUUUUAAAGGUGUUUUGUUGACCAUCCCUGUUAAAUGUUUUAUAUUGGUUUUGACAGAAAGAUGGUCUAAAAAUACUAGUGAAACCAUACCCUAAUUCUUGGCUUUUUUGUGGAGACGUAACAAAAUAGCUGGUGUGUUCUUGACUGACAAUUCUGAGCAUACCAUUGCUAGAUGUUUCCAUUAACUGGUAAUCUCUGUAUAAUUGUAACCAUGGUGAGUUGAUAAACAAAAAACAUGUCUGAUAUGUUGUUGGUUAGAUUUGUUCAUAGAAACAUGUUGGUUUUUUAAUUGAUUCACUUCAGUUUGUUGAAAUUUUGCUUGUUUUUAUAAGUCUGUUGUCUACCUAACUUGGAAUAUUUGUUGUAAUAGGCCGACUAUAUAAAGAGAAUCGAGGUUUCUAUGACGUUGGGAGAAGCCUGAUGGUCUAAAUAACAAUUCUCAAAAGGCGGACAUUACAAUUAAAAAAAACUUUAUCUCUGUUGCCAUUGUUAACCAAAGUUCCGAUUCAUGUGAAACACAUUACGUUUCUAGUUUUUUUUUAUGAACAGUUUAUCUUUAUUUUCAAAUAAAUAUAUAGCUAUAUAAAUUGUUACGUUCCUCUAAAAUUAUUUUUUUCUUCAAGAGAGCAAGUUAUAUGAUUUCAACCUUACUAAGUAUGGUACAAGAAAAUUAUCAAGCAUAGGAUUAAUACUCAAAAUUGGCAUUGGUGCAUUAAACUGGUUAUUAAUGUCUGUUUUUUUUUUUUUAGGAAGCUUUUGCAUUUCUUUAAAGUGCAUAGGUAGAUAUCAGAAAUCGGUUUACUGUAUAUGGAUUUAGCUGUAAAAAUACAAUGAAAAUGCUAUGUCCCAUUUAAAUGACCUGCACAGUUACUCUCUUUGUAAACUUAUAUUUUGUUAUUCAAAUUGGACUGAAAACCAGAAGUAUACUUGAAUUUUGUUAUCUAUUUAGUUACUAUCAAUCAAUAGAUAGGCAUUUAGAGCACCGAUGUCAUAGAAUACAGUAUGGUUACACCAAAGAGUAUAGAAUUGCAAGAUGUCCAAAAUGAUAAAAAUAGUACUACUACAAAAUAGGAAAAGCCAAAUUAGAAAUCAAAAAGAUUUUGAAACUCAAACAUGCGUUCUACAGAUGCAGCACGUGUUCGAUACAAAUGCCUGUUCCGUUCUUUUAAAGGAAGCCCACUAGUUUGUGGUUGUACUCUUCACGAUAGGAUUGCGUUGGUUGAUCGGACCUAUACUCUUUGGUUGCACCAUCAAAUCACUUUAGAUAUGCAGUUCAUCAUCUUCCUCUCCCCUUUUCCUAAUUUGUAGAAUGCAUUACCAGAUGAUUUUAAAAAACACCGUAUAUAUACACACCUGUAUUUCAAGAAUAUUUUAAAAUUAAUCUCAUACUGUAUGUGUUGUGUAUACUUCUGGUUUUCAUAAUUUAUUAUCGUAUUUUAAUUUUCCUGCAAACAAAUUUUUCUGUAAGUAUUUAAAAUUUGUGAUGGCAAUUUUUGAUAAUAGUUGAAAAAGUGUACAGAAUGCUCAUACCUGACAUGUACCACUCUGUAGUCUGUUUAAUGUAUUUUAUUUUAAAAAUUCCGAUGGAAUAUUUAUGUAUUCUUAAAAAUGUUUAUAGAUAAUUUUUUUCUUAAGUACACCAAAAAUUCCAAUUAACAUUUAUCUCCUCGUACAACACGUGUGUAAUUGUCCAAUACGAGUCCAAGCAAUAGGUAAUGUAUGCUGAAAACGUAUAGAAAUAGUAACUCCCAAACAGUGGCACCAGUUGAAUGGAUUGUAGACAUUUUGUUAUUCCUUGGUAUAAGAGGUGUAAUUUGUAGAGAAUGGGUGGUUUAAAGAAUGCUAAACUGUAAAUAUUUAUUUUGGCCCUCUGAAUCGAGACUAGUAAAUAAUGCUAUUUAUAUAGCAGCUAUAAAAAAAAAAUGGGUGAAUAUUGAGGAGGUAUGUGUGAUGUGUAGGUGAUACAUACUACUCCAAGUAUUGUUAGUGGAUUCCCUACACACCAGGUAUAAAUGAUUAAAAAUAUAAACAGCUUUGGAAUACGUACGUCAUUCUAGGCAGUUAAAUUACUACGCUAAAUUUCUGAAUAAAUAUGACGUAAAGUUCAAAGUAAAC